AUGGGCCGCAAGAAGAUCAAGAUCGAGCCGAUUCAAGAGGGUCGCAACCGCCAAGUCACCUACCUCAAACGAAAGGCAGGCCUCUUCAAAAAGGCAUACGAGCUGGCCACUCUGACAGAUUCGCAAGUCGCCGUCAUCGUCUUUGGUCAUAAUGGGAGGCUG